UGGGUGUCGUAUAUGUAUGUAAGCUGAUGUGAGCGAUGUGAGCUAUUUAAUAAUUUUUUAUGAACUUUACAGUGUUUUACCACUUCUGCUGAUUUCACGCGUUAAUUCACAACACAAAUAGUACCGAAGCUUGUUGGCACUUGUUGGUACAGCUUUUAUAUUUCGAAUGACAAUUGUUUGCAUAAAACACUCGUAAUUUUAUAUACUUAAGGCGUAAUGGGACGAAGAAAAAGUAAGCGAAAGCCACCGAGUAAAAAAAAAGCUAUUCAACCCUUAGAUACGCAAUUUAAUUGCCCAUUUUGCAACCACGAAAAAUCAUGUGAGGUUAAGAUGGAUAAACCAAGAAAUACAGCAAGAAUUACUUGUAGAGUUUGUUUAGAAGAUUUUCAAACUACAAUAAACUUGCUAUCGGAACCUCUAGAUGUAUAUAAUGAUUGGAUUGAUGCAUGUGAGACUGCAAAUUGAACAUUUGUUAUCACUGUGUAUCAUAAGUACAAAG